GACGAGAGUCGCAACCGCGAGCCCGAGAAAAAAAAACAGUGGAGGUAAAAUGGAGGGACGCCCCCGCGGCGGCGGCGGCGGCCGGACCGUCAUGGACUACUCGCUGGCGGCGCUGAAGCUGUUCGCCUCGCAGCUGGCGGGAUCCACCACGGCCCCCUCCUCCGAGGGCUCCUCCCCGGCGCAGAUGCUCUUCGGCAUCCGCUUCCAGCGCGCCUGGAUCCAGGGCGUGGUGGUGCGCGCGGACUACAGCGUCGGCGACGGGAGGCUGUUCGUGGAUGACGGCUCCUGCGUCACCGAGCUCAUGCUCCGGCCCGAGGAUGCCAAGGGCCAGCCCUGGCGCCCAGGGAUGUAUGUGCUGAUUAUUGGGGCAUAUAUUGCACCCCAGUCUACGGAAAGUCUGCCGAUGGUCAAGGUGCACAAGAUAGUGGAUCUCUCAACGCAGCCGGACCGUGAAGCAAUGUGGUACAUGGAAGUCGUCGAGGCGUACAACUUCUUCUACAAGGCUGAUGCCUCUGGUUUUGGCUCACCAUCAUGAGCACUCCUUGGUCUCUCCCGAGUCCUGAUGAUCCGUUCCGGUUUAGGGCUCUUGACAUUGCUGCCACUGCUUCCGCUCUGUACCCACCCGUGCUUGCGUGGCUGUGGCUGGUGCCCCUGAUCCGCUCCUCAUGACUGCUGCAUUGUCAUAGAUUGCUGCUGGUAACUUAGAGAGUGCCCCUUUGGUGUUGCGACUUGUUUUUGCCAGAUGAACGCUGGUGCACAUCCGACAGCGAGAAAUUUGGUUGGAAUCUCUCGGCCUUUCAUGCGACCUAUUCAUAAUCUCUCUUGGCUCUUGCAGCGGGGUUCUUCGCUUGGGGUGAGGUCAAUUGUGUGAACACAUUAUUUUCCCUAGCAUCAGACCGGGCUUCCAUGAAUCAUUUUGGUUGUCAGGACAAAUUGUUUUAUCCAUAUUUAGGAAACUAACCAAUAAGAGUCUUGCAACAUCAUUUUGAUUGA